AUGAUAUCACUAUCUAAGCCGGUUCUUCUAUCUAUCUAUCUAUCUAUCUAUCUAUCUAUCGAUCUAUCUGUUAUGUCUGUCUAUCGUUUUUUGCUCAUAUCUAUCUAUCUAUCUAUCUAUCUCUUUGGCUCACAUCGUAUCUAUCUAUCUAUCUGGCACACAUCUUUAUCUAUCUAUCUAUCUGGCACACAUCUUUAUCUAUCUAUCUCUUUGGCUCACAUCUUAUCUAUCUAUCUAUCUUUUUGGCUCAUAUCUCAUUUAGCUGUCUAUCUUCAUCUGUUCAUAUCUAUCUAUCUAUCUAUCUAUCUAUCUGUCUUUCAUAUCUAUCUAUCUAUCUAUCUAUCUAACUCUUUUAAAGACGUAAAAAUUUCUCUAUCUAUCUAUCUAUCUAUCUAUCUUUCUUUCUUUCUUUCUUUCUUUCCUUAUUUCUUUCUUCUUUCUUUCUUUCUUUAUUUAUUUCUUUCUUCUUUCUUUCUUUCUUUCCUUCUAAAACGUUAUUCUUCCUUUUUUCUUUUCACUGAAUCUUUCCUUCGUAAUUAUUUCUUACUUAUAAUAAUUUCUUAUUUCUUUUUUCUCUCUGUAUUCUUCUUCCUUAGAACAUCCGUUCUUCCUUCCCUCUUUCCGUUCGUCCAAAGAGUUUCCUUCAAUCGUCGGUUAUCCCUUUUGAAUAAUAAAAAUAUUAUUCCUUAA